AUGCCGGGCUCGCUGGCUGACUAUCUCGCCAAAAACUACCUCAACGCAGAUCCAGCUCCUGAGCGCCCCAAGAAAAAACGCAAGAAGACCAAGACUACCGACACUACAGGCUCCGGCCUUCUCAUCGCAGACGAUGACCCACCAGACCUCCGAAGCACCAACACAAACUUGAACGAGGAUGACGAAGACAGCCCGUUUGUCGAUACAUCGGCCCAGAGUAGCGAAUUCCGUCGUGCCAAGAAAUCCAGCUGGAAGACUGUUGGUGGACCGGCGCCGAACGAUAAAAGCGACCAAGCAGCCGCCGAUGCAAUCCUGGCCUCGGCCGCAGCUGAGCGCGCAGCACAACGAGCAGAUGAUGAUGACGCACCAAUGAUCGAGGGCACAGAGGAGGAAGGACCACGCAUGGAGUCUGGCGCUCUAGCAGGUCUCCAAACAGCAGCACAAACAGCAGCGAUGGUGAAAGUCCAAGAACGCCGGCGCAAGGCCGAAGCAGCACUGUUCAAGGACCCAGCAGCAGUAAACGAAAAGGAACAAGAAACAAUUUACCGUGACGCGUCCGGACGUAUCAUCAACGUGGCGAUGAAACGGGCAGAAGCCCGCCGCGCCGAAGAAGAAAAACGCAUCAAGGAAGAGGAAGCGCGCGAGGCACUUAUGGGUGAUGUCCAACGCAAGCAGCGGGAGGAUCGACGACAGGAACUACAAGAUAUCAAGUCCAUGCCUAUUGCGCGCACUAUUGAGGAUGAAGCGAUGAAUGAUGAGCUACGGGAACAGGCACGGUGGAAUGAUCCUGCUGCUCAGUUCUUGACGCAGAAGAAAGGACCCGGAGCUAGUACAACGGGGAAGCCGUUGUACCGGGGCUCAUUUCAACCGAAUCGGUAUGGCAUUCGACCUGGACACCGGUGGGAUGGUGUUGACCGGGGCAAUGGGUUUGAAAAGGACUGGUUUGCGUCACGGAAUAAGAAGAGUCGCAAUGAGACACUGGAAUACCAGUGGCAGAUGGACGAGUAG